GCGAUAUACCAGUCUUGUCUUCCCAUCCACCAGCUCUUCUCGCGUGGUUUGUCACGACGUGUUGCUGUUGAGACGUAAGGCUGGUUCCUGUCUUACAUCGACGCUGUGCCCUGAGUGGAGCCAUCUGACCGGCCAUCCGGCAUCAGCACCGCCACUUCUCUUGCCAGUCAUCGAUCCUCACCGCGGGGUUUGCAGUUACACCUACUUCUACACCUACACCUACACCAGUACUCUUGACCCCAUCCAAACCUAUUUGAGAUCGCAUCCCGCGCAGGGCCAGUUAGCCACGAUGUUGAAAAUAUGGUCCAUGAAACAACAACAACAACAAGCCGAGAAUGCUGAAGGAGCAGCCGGCAAAAAGAAGAAAGUGACUGCUGCUCAGUUGCGCGUGCAACGAGAUCUCCAAGAACUCACCCUCGGCAGUACCAUGAAAAUGACCUUCUCUAAUCCAGACGACAUCCUAAACUUCACUCUCACUAUCGAACCCGACGAAGGCAUGUACAAGGGCGGCGCAUUCCAUUUCAACUUCGCUGUCAAUCAGAAUUUCCCGCAUGAUCCCCCGAAAGUCAAAUGUUCGCAGAAGAUUUACCAUCCCAAUAUUGAUCUCGAGGGGAAUGUGUGUUUGAAUAUCCUGAGGGAGGACUGGAAACCUGUGUUGAAUUUGAAUGCAGUUAUUGUGGGGAUGCAGUUUCUCUUCCUUGAGCCGAAUGCCUCCGAUCCGUUGAAUAAGGAGGCUGCAGAAGAUCUGAGACAGAAUCGCGAGGCGUUUAAGCGGAACGUUCGCUUGUCGAUGGGUGGGGGGAGUGUUAGGGGGGUACAGUUUGAGAGGGUUAUGCGGUAGUCACUUGCUGUGUCUCUUUCUGUGGACCUACCUGUUAGGUAGGUAGGUAUCUGGCAGCAUGGGUUGUUGCAUGUGGUGCUUUUGCAUUGAUUUGACCCAGAUCGUGCAGGUGGUGUGGUGCUGGUUACUAGGGAGUUACGUGCAUGACUACAUUUCCAUUUGGAUUAAUUAGCGACUGGAUAGAUUCCCUGCUUAUGAAAGAAAUGAACUUAUUCUGGC